UAUCCAUUUUGUAAUACCCUAAUGCAUUCACUUUUUAGUCCCCUCAUGGAAUUUUUUUUGAAAAGUAUUACCCUUAACAGGGAUUGCUUGUUUUCACAAGAGAUAAUCAAGGUUCUCUUUUUUUUGCGGCACUUACAGCCAGGCAUGUGAUGUACGUUUUUCUGGCUUGGUAUCCGAAUAUUUGCUCACGUAUGCAUGACUGUAAUGAAAAAAGCUGUCUUUUCUUAAUCACAAAGAUCUGUAAAAUUACUAAAGAAGACUUCAAUUUCAGGCUAGAGGAAGACUUAGAGGUAGGAAAAACGAACUCAAAAUCUGUGGUGUAGUGUCGCAAAGUCUUUAAUUGUAACGGAACAGACUCCAAUAUACAAGAAGAGUUUACACCGAAAUUAGUCAGAUCCAACGUAUUCAAAAACGUCCUUCGGCUUAGCAGCCAAGCCUGCAAUAUCCAUGGAUACCCGGAUAUAACAUGUGGCUUCAUUGAUGGCUGGAAUCUCUCUGAAAACUGUAAACUGAAGUUGGUUUUGGUCACAGAUAAAGAAGGGCUGUAUCGACUGAGACCUUCAAGUGAAGUGGGCCAACAGGUGUGUCUUCCUUAGUAUAAUUAUCAUUGGCAAAAAAACUAUAACUUUGUUCAGGGUAAUGUUUCUUUACUUGGCACUAAAUGAGGUCCUUGAUAUGGGCUUAACAUAGAACCCUUUUGAUGCAGAAGGUAUGUUAAAUUUGUUUUCAGUUGCCCCCGAUUUCGAUUCCUUCGGCUUUUGCAGAAAUCUGUAAGUGACUCAACUUAUCUGUCGGGACUUCAAGACGCCGUGUUGGAGUCACUUCGUAAAAUGAAAGGCCGUGAAGAAGCAAAGAAUCCUUUAGAGGCUGAUCUCUGGUGUCAUUUUGGAUCGGCUGUUAUCCGGGGACCCAGUGAAGGAGAAUGGAGCAUAGAUGAUGCAGCAACAAGGUUUCAAUAUUCAGCCGAUGGAAAUUAUUGGAAGGUUGCAUUUCAAGAAGGCGUGGAUUUUAUGGCAGAUUCGUUCGAAAACUAUUUCUAUGAAAGUACACCGAAAGAAUAUCGUGAUUACGCCGCAAGAUAUGACUUAACAUUCCUUACUCCAUGCAGUCAUCAAUUGAGAUGCAAGGUAUGGGUCACAAAAAAGGAUGGUAAGGAGAAGCUAGAAGGUAUCCCAAUCCCAGUCACUGACGUCAGAAAUAUCAUGGAAGAGAUUCACUUCACCGAUGAAUCCACUCGGUUGCGAAGUCGAGGCUGGGUGGUUCUCCCGUCGCGGAGAUGUUUGCAAGCCGAUAUUUUGUUUCCCGGGUGUGAGUUUGAUUGCAGACUCAUAAUCAAUGAACAUGCAGGAAGGGCCAAAACUGUAGAUUAUAAGCCUAAAGAAGAAGUUAUACGUGUGUUAGCAAGAUAUCUAUCAGGGCUGACUUUGACGGAUGAUGACCCGUUUGGCUUGAUACUUCCCGGCGAGUAUGAGAUGCCCAAGGGAUUUCAUUUGAUUCACAAGCGGCUUUCCAAACGAAAUGUGUACACGUCUAAACCUGGUUUCAGUGUUAUCCUGUCGAAGGAAACCUCGUGGAGUGCUGAUGUGACAGGUGGAAGUUGCAGAGAUUCGGCUGAUGUACAUCUGCAUUGCGAGGAGUGGGACAGGCUACUCAGUGGUGGUCAGUGGGAACCCGAGAGUUUAGUGCAACAGCUGCCAGAGUUUCUCGAGUUUGUCAAGGAAGUUCAGUGCUUUGUUGUUGCUGCCUUGAGGAGUAAUGGAGUAGAAAGAAAAGUUCCUCCAGUGAUUCGUGCUCGAGGUCCUUUAGCUUUGGCAACCUACUUAAAUGCCUUAGCUGAUGGUCAAGCAUGUGUCAAGAGAGUGCCUUUAAUGAUAGUUGGACAGGAUCGAUCUGGAAAAACCAGCGUAAAGAAGUCCUUGAAAGGGAUUUGCUUCAACCCAGAAGAGGAUAGCACCCGGGGAAUUGACGUCGAUCGUUAUCAUUUUAGAGUAACCACUGAAAUAUGGACGACAGGAAAAAAAGACGAGGAGGCCAACAUUGGUACUGAAGUUAUUUCAUUUAAGGAGAAGACAGCACGGUGGGUUGCCGAGAAACUGACUACGCGUGAAAAAGUUGCUGAAGUCAAAAGAACAAGCUCAGCCGAGCCAAAUGAAGAAAUUGUCACCCCAGAGGAAAGUGAACCCAAUGAAACUCCAAACUUAGCAGACCUUUCAGAAUCAUCCAGGAAUCCAGUAUCAACCAAUACCACCAAGAAUAGACUUCAAUUACAAACGGGAGAAGCACGAAAUCCCAUUGAAUUAGAGCAAGAAGAAGAUUUUCUUACCACCGCCCUGAAAAAAUUGCCAGAUUUCGACGAAGUUGCGAAGGUACUUCCCCAACUCCUUCAAGACAACUGGGAAGACGAUAGAGAGGAUAUCUAUUCAGUAAUCUGGGACUUUGCCGGACAGUCAGUGUACUACGUGACGCAUCCCCUCUUUCUCACAGGAAGGGCAGUCUACUUUCUGGUCUAUGACUUGAGCAGAAAUCCAAGCGAGAAAGCCACACCAUUGGUGAAGCAGGGAGUUUAUAGAGUAAUUGAAGAUAGAUAUAAUCUGAAAACGAACUUUGAUUAUUUAGACUUUUGGAUGAGUUCUUUGGCUUCCUUAUUAGAACAGAGUGAUUGCCAACAAGUGGACCCCGUAACGGAGGUACCUUUGAAGAAAUUUCCAGCCGUCUUCCUGGUGUGCACACAUGCUGAUCAGCCCUAUUGUGAUCGUAAUCCAUUUGAUCUAGCCAAAGAAAUAUUUGGCGAUUUGAAGAGCAAGCCAUAUAGUGCCCACUUGUUUGACGUGUUUUGUGUUGAUAACACUAAGUCUGGCACUGAAUCCGAAUGCAAAGAAACCAUGCGCUUACGAGAGGCCGUACAGGACGUUUCUAAAGGGUUACCACACGUAAACGAGGCCAUUCCGAUUAAGUGGUUAAGAUACGAACAUUUCCUUCGUGUCCUUAAGGAAAAUGACCAUCAUAAGUUUAUCUCCUUCUCUAUAGCGAAAGAUAUAGCUUUCAAAUUUUUUAACAUUAACGACAACGAGGUACAGACACUGCUAAACUUUUUGCACGAUCUUCGAGUUUUAAUUCACUUUGACGAUUCUCCAGAAUUGAGUGAGAUAGUUUUCUUGGAUAUUCAGUGGUUGAUUGAUGUGUUCAAGAAUGUAAUUACUGUCACGGCCUAUCACGAAGAGAAGAGCUUUGCUCAUCUUUGGAAGAAACUCGAGAUAGAAGGAAUCCUGGAAGAAAAACUCUUAAAACAUGUUUGGAGCUCUUUGAUUCCUCAGACAGAAACCCACGAGAGUCUUAUUGAAAUUAUGAAGAGAUUUAGCCUUUUGUGUCCUUGGCCACAGCCAUCAUCACACGAAGUUCCCGGCAAACGUUACAUAGUGCCAUCUAUGUUGCGAACGCGUCCACCAGCGGAGAUACCUAAGCUUGUUGAAUCUGCAAAAAUUCCAUCUCUUUUUCUAAAAUUUGACACAGAUCGGGUCCCUCUAGGCUUAUUUCCCCGAUUUGUACUAGAAUUCUUUCAGUGGUGCAGAAAGGAAUUGCCUCGCUUAACUUUGCCACAACUUUACCACAAUUUUGCCAGAUUUAACAAAUUUCCGACUCAAGGAAGCUCUGUGGUUUUCCUUUGCCACCAUUCCACAAUCGAGGUCCUUGUCCUAAGUGUAGAAAGUGAUAUUAAUAUUGCCUCAAUUCGAGCAUUUAGGAGCCAGCUAACCUCGAUCAUUGAUCAAUUUGGGAGCAAGUACUUCUGGGUGAAGAACGUUGGAUGCAAGGUGUGUUUCUUAUGUCCUGUUUGUUCCCGUGGACGCGUGGUCAGCUUGUGCACACUCCAUUACGAAGAACGUUGUGAGCAAGAGGAAUGCCUUCACUUCAUUUCAGAGUCAGAUUUAGGUGACGAAAUGCACGCCGUUUGCACCAGGUCUGUAGCCGCUGUGGAUAACCGAAUUCAGGUCGAGAGCUUCUCUCCAUGGAUUUUCUCUGCUGAAGAUAAGGAGAUGGAGGCUUCUCAAAGUGAUGAGAGACUCCAAGCUAUUGUGCAAGAUGGAAACGAGAAGACACCUUUGUUACCUUUCAAAGCUGUAGCACCCGUUCAGUUACAACCACUAGUAGGCGCUGAAAGCGAUGGGAAACUGGUUCCUUUUGCACAAGGGAAUGGAGACAAAUCUCUCGUUCUGCCUCAAAAAGUUAGCGAAUCUCUCCAGUUAACAUUAGUCUCUCCAAAAGAGAUUGUAGAUAAAUUGCUUCACUAUCUUGAGGACGCCUCACUAGAACAUCCAAAACCUGAAACUGAGAAAUGGAUCCGUUGCCUUACGAGGACUGCUAAAGAUCGUGGCCGGACUGAUAUUGUUAGCUAUUUAAGAGAAAUCGUGCCAGCAGGGACAACAGGUCCAGAGCUGCCUGAAACCCUCCUUGUCCAAAACAUUCCUGAAAGUCGGCUAAAAGAGCUGACAAUUACCCUCAGUGGUCUAGACGAUUGGAAGAUAUUUGCUGAAAAACUGAGACUGACCCCAGCGGAGAUACGUUUUUUGGACAAGCGCACAAGAAAUCAAGUGUUUGAAGUUUUGGUUUACGCUGCACAAAAAUAUCUCAUAACUGUGGGAGAUCUUUAUGACGUUUUGAAAGACUGUGGGAUGCCUGUCUUAGCCGACUUGCUUUGAAACUAGUAGUUCUCUUUCACUUUGAAGGAUCUGUUAGCAACUGAUUCGAACAUCAAGUAAUAGGAAUUAUUGCAAAUUUAUAUUUUAAUCAGGUACCCUAGUUACUCCAAUAAACACUGCGGUCGAUUAAAAGCCGCAUGUUGGGGGAAACUACUAUGAAAUGCAUUCCCUUGAAUAAAAGCCGUAUCCAACCAGA